AUGGGAUAUAUUUGUUCAAAUUUCAAGUUUUCGAUAAGGAAAUUUUCCCUCUAUCGUCCAUUAUCAGAGAUUUAUACUAAAACCUCCAUAAAUCCAGUCAAUUUUCGUCUUUCACCACCAACCAAUUUUGAAGCGAAAUCAUUACUCUUGUUAUCUACGCCAUCUUUGCUUACACAACUGAUAGAAGAAUCAAUUCAUUUAUAUCAGAGUAAUGGAAUACAAGUUAUAGCUGCUGGAAUAGAUUGUGUUGUUCCCAAUUCUCAGCGUCAUGGAGUUUCCGAAAUGUGGUUAGAUGAAUAUAUUAAAAUCAAUAAUUCGGUAAAAUUAGAAGAUAGAGACGACGAAAACUCACAGAUAAGGGAAAGAGAUGGGAUACAUGUAGUUCAAGCCAGUAAAAACUGGAAAACUAUUGAUUCCAAUUUUUCAAUCAACAUUCACCCAGAUUCCAAAGUUGAUUUAAAGCUUGCAAAUACAAUUUUUUCGAAUAGCAAUUUAGUGACACUAUUUUAUUUUCAACCAAGCCAUUUGAAUGGACAGUCUAAUUCAGGACAAACAUUAUGUGACUUAGAUGUGACAUUGCCAUCUAAUUUGUUUAAGAAAUCCCCCAAAAUUGAAUCAGAAGAUAAAUGGACACCAUUAUAUGAUUCAAAUUCUGAACCUUUAAUAAUAACUAGCUGCACAGGUAACUUGGUUAAAUUAAUUAAUAAGAAGUCUGCUGCUGGCUUCUUGGAACAAAAUGAUCGCUUGAUGAGUAUUGGCUCUAAGGAUACCCAAGUAUUCGUUAAAUUAUAUAAGAAGGAUCUGGACGUUGGUCAACGCUUUAAAGUAAUUGCAGGAGGUGGUGAGUGGGGAACUAAGGCCAAUAUUUUAGCUAUAUCCCCUGAAGCCAAAGUAGACUCGGGAGAUAGAAUUGAGUUUUUCAUGUUAACACCAGAAGAUAGAUUUACUACUGCAGCUGAAAUGAAUAAUGAAUCAUUAUCAAAUAAGCUUACUUUUGAAUGCUCUUACGAAGAGCGUUCAUAUUUACUAGAUAACAUGGACGAUUCGAUCAUCAUGGAAAACGUAUUUGGCUGUGGAUCAGAAAAUGGAUUCAUAUAUAAUAAUGUUCAGCAUUUGUCUACCGGCGAAAGAAUAUCAAUAUCAUUAUAA